GCAAGUCAAAGCAGUCAGAAAAGGUCAACCAGAUCUUUAUACCGCAAUGCCGUUCGCGGCGCCGAGUUCCAUGCGGAUGUGAAGAGUAGCGAUGUAGACACGAGCAGACACAAGAGUUGUUCUUUGAGAUGGGGAAUGGGACGAACAGUCAUAAUCCAUGACAUGUGUGCAUAUGCGUGUACCUCUCUCUCUCUCUCUUUUUUUCUCUCUCUCUCUCUCUCUUUCUCUUUCUCUUCCUUCAUUCGUCCACUCGCCAACUCGCAGGAGAGACAGCCGUGUUCUUGCGGAAACACGUCUUUCGCGCUUGGCGCACGUUUCUGUGAUAAGUGCGGCGCGCUAUUGCCAACAGGACUUGAAGAGCUGGCUGCAGAAUCUCGAUCAGGAUCAAAGCCCAGCCCGCUUGACCGGGCCACGAGCAGCGUUUCCACCACGCUACCGAGCCUGCUGAACUCCCCUAGGAAGCAGAGGAUCGCGCCGCAGAAUAGGAGCUUGGCAUCCAGGUCCGAGACCUGGAUGACGACAUCGUGGAGGUCCGACGUGAGCCAGGAAUCGUGGACGUCGCGGCUUCUGAGCGAUUCUUUAGAAGCGCCUUCGGUGCUUCCACGCGGCAGUGAAGACGAGCCAGAGGAGACCCAGGCACCGCUGCAUGGCAAAGGCCGCAGGGCGAGCACCGCUGGAUGUUUGCCGAAGCUCAAGCUUGUCAACGAGGAGUCACAUGGCGAACCCCAAGUAGAAUUUGAAAUCGGAUCGAGGCCACCUCAAGCACGAGAACAUGUCGGCAUGUCCGAAGCAAGUAUUGACCGCUUGCGCCCACGUACUGUGGGAGAUUUCUUGGCGCAUCCCGGCAAGAAGGCGAGAAGAAAGGGUCCUGCAGCCGUACCAGAUUAUACUGCGCAGUCGUCGUUGUUGACAUCAUCCCGGUGGAGUAGCAGCGCCCAGAAGCAGCCUUCUCCUCGCACUGGGCAGCGCAUGAGGGCCAGAUGAUUGCUGCAUUUAGAUGCGCUGGUUAGGCUGAAAGCUUGUCCAAACAUACUGCGUAUGUCUCGGGAGCGGUCGACAAGAAUUGAUUCAAUGGCAAUGCUGCAACCAUCGGCUCUACGAUAAUGAUGUGUAAUGGCUAUUGGUGCAUGGUGGCAUCUCACAAAAAGAAGGCUCCAUAGAUUGAUCACUACCUGCAUUUUCAGACAUUGAGUCGACUUGACUCUCAUGUAGCAGGUUCGUUGCACGGUCAAGCUGUGCAUUGCAGCAUGUUUUUAAGAUGGGCAUGUUGCUGUAGGUGCUGAUUCGUUGUUUCACGCUGCCUUUAAAAGCUUGUUGUUGUAACAGUAUGCUGAAGAGUGAAUGCAAGAUGGCAUCAUUCAAGUCGCCGUCACAGGUCUAGCCCGAUAAACAUGCGAUCGGGCAGAGGUGACUGCAGAUUGCGCAUCAAGAAACAGAGUAGUGCUUAUACCGCGUUGCCUGCCCUGUGGCAUGCUAGUGAACGUUUGAUUUUGAUCGUCGACAUACCAACUUGGAGCAAUUGGCUUAAAAGAUGGCAUGUCAGAACGGUAUGUUGCAUUCAGUGCGUCAGAGCGCCCGCAGCCCAGAAGCAC